UAACGUUAACAAAGAUUAAUAAAUACUGUAAUAAAUGUUCGUUGUUCAUGUUAGUUAACACAUUAACUAAUGUUAACAAAUGACACUUUAUUGUAAAGUGUUACUAAUAUUUUUUUUAUUUGUGAACUGAUGUUCGGCUGUUCUUUUUAAUAGUCAACUUAUUUUCGGGUCAUCGUCAUAAAAGCUCUGCAAACACAAACACAGAAGAAGAUAUAUCUUUCAUUUCAUCAAGCUGAAUGCUCACUAAAAACUAACAGUCAUCACGUUUUCAGGCCAUUUCAAGUUUUCAUUUUUGACGUGACACAUAGCAGUGUGAGUUGUUUACUUACUUUAUAAUUAGUCAGUAACGCCAUCAUUUUGUCCAUUCAGGCCGAGAGCUCGCACGAAAACAAGAGGCGGGAUUUAUCGAACGAACCUAUCACAUCCAAUCAUAACCGAUCAUAUCCAAUUAUAGCGCGAUGGAGGCAUUGCCUCCUCUCACGUGACUUUUCCCCAUUCAUUCUCAAUUACCCCCCACUAAACUCAUGGCACGUUAUGGGGUCUCUGUUAUAAAUCAAUGGGCUGAGGGGAGGCAAGCCUCCGCUGUAACUUUACCUGCGGGUGUCGCUGUUGGACAGUGUUACUUUAUAAAAACGAGUGACUUUUAUACUUUUAAUGUCAUUUUUAGUAAUAUUUGCAUCAUUUUAUUUUUGUAAUAUCGAUUAUUUUCUCAUCCAAUUUUUUGAGGAGACACUGCCUCCCUUGCCGCCUCGGAGGAAACGCCCCUGAUAUAUGGAACACUUUGAAAACACAUCAAAUCUCAAUGGGGAAAAAUAUCAUGCUGGAUAUCUAUACUGAUAUGGACUGGGUAAUGUGUUAGGAAUGAAAGGAUGAAAAUUAUCAACCUACAGAGGGCUGAAUUCAAAGACACCCCGAAAAUCAAAGUGAAAAAAUUAUGCAGCAGGCUAGUCCAUUUUGCUGAAAUUUCAUUGCAGCAACUCAAAAUGGUACUCAGUAGUUUGUAUGGCCCCCACGUGCUUGUAUACAUGCCUGACAACGUCGGGGCAUGCUCCUAAUGAGACGACAAAUGGUGUCCUGGGGUAUUUCCUCCCAGAUCUGGAGCAGGGCAUCACUGAGCUCCUGGACAGUCUGAGGUGCAACCUGGCAGCUUCGGAUGGACUGAAACAUAAUGUCCCAGAGGUGUUCUAUUGGAUUUAGGUCAGGCGAGGCCAUUUAAUAGUAUCAAUUCCUUCAUCUUAUAGGAACUGCCUGCAUACUCUCGCCACAUGAGGCCGGGCAUUGUCGUGCACCAGGAGGAACCCAGGACUCACUACCUAAUGGCAGUCAGGGUGCCAUUGUCUAGCCUGUAGAGGUCUGUGCAUCCCUCCUUGGAUAUGCCACUGACCCACCACCAAACCAGUCAUGCUGAACGAUGUUACAGGCAGCAUAACGUUCUCCACGGCUUCUCCAGACCCUUUCACAUCUGUCACAUGUGCUCAGGGUGAACCUGCUCUCAUCUGUGAAAAACACAGGGCGCCAGUGGUGGACCUGCCAAUUCUCAUGUUCAAUGGCAAGUGCCAAUCGAGCUCCACGGUGGCCUGCUGGAGGUCAUUUUGUAGGGCUCUGGCAGUGCUCAUCCUGUUCCUCCUUGCACAAAGGAGCAGAUACCGGUCCUGCUGAUGGGUUAAGGACCUUCUACGGCCCUGUCCAGCUCUCCUAGAGUAACUGCCUGUCUCCUAGAAUCUCUUCCAUGCUCUUGAGACUGUGCUGGGAGACACAGCAAACCUUCUGGCAAUGGCACAUAUUGGUGUGCCAUCCUGGAGGAGUUGGACUGCCUGUGCAACCUCUGUAGGGUCCAGGUAUCGCCUCAUGCUACCAGUAGUGACACUGACCCUAGCCAAAUGCAAAACUAGUGAAAAACAGUCAGAAAAGAUGAGAAGUGAAAAAAUUUCAGUGGCCUCCACCUGUAAAACCAUUCCUGUUUUGGGGGUCAUCUCAUUGUUGCUCAUCUAGUGCACCUGUUGUUAAUUUCAUUAACACCAAAGCAGCUGAAACUGAUUAACAACCCCCUCUGCUACUUAGCUGACCAGAUCAAUAUCCCAGGAGUUUAAUUGACUUGAUGCUAUACUCUGAUUAAAAAGUGUUCAGUUAAUUUUUUUGAGCAGUCUAUAUUCAGACCAAACUUAGUGUAUGUCAUAGCCAUCAUGACUUGAGGGUACCUGCACAGUUUCAGAACAGUGCCACCUAGUGCUCAUGAGAUAUGAAAAAAGCAUAUUUUUGCUUAUAACUUCUGAAUGGUUUGUCAUAAAAUCAUGAAACUGGUCUCCUUAGAUUCUGUACAGCAUAAGGAGUCGAAUGAUAUAAUUUUCCUAUGUUGGCCACUUAAUGUGUCAGCCAUUUUGAAUUAGACAUAAAAUGCUGUAUUUUGCAAAUGCCUUGGCGUCUCAUUAUGAAAAUUAGUAUGUGUCAUCAGCACCAUGCCCUGAAGGUACCCAAAAAGUUUCAGGACAGAGCCACCUUGUGGUCAAAAAUUAUAAUGCAACUUCAAAAAUGCUAAUAGCUUUUUACUGCUUUUGCCUAUUGUCAUGAGAAUGGUCUUGUUAGAUUCCUUGCUUCAUGCCGAGAACAAUGCUACCAGUUAUGCCAUGGUCGGCCGAACUUGUUGUCUGCCAUUUUGAAAUGCUUUGAAAACCUACUUUUUCGAACUCCUUCUAGAUUGUUAGUCUGAUUUUCAAAAAUCUAAUCUGAUCAUCGUCAGAAGAUGCUGACAAACAGUUAUGGAAUUCAAUUUGAUUAGUCAAACCAUUCUCGAAUAACAUGCAAACGAAUUUCAUGAUGAGCACACUGAAAUGAACUCUAGCAUACUCAGACCAAACUUAGUGUGUUUCAUAGCCGUCGUGCAAGGGUAUCUGCACAGUUUUGGAACAACGCCACCUAAUGUUUAACAGAUCUGUAAAAAAACAUAUUUUUGCUUUUCGGACCAUUCAUCCGAUUUUCACCAAAUUUGACUCAGAUCAUCUUCAGUCAAUGUCAACAAUAAGUUAUGGAUUUCGUGUUGAUAGACCAAACCGAACUGUUGGUCCGAAACCAAUAAUACACAUUUUCCCACAGUAGAUGGAAAAUUUUGUCUGUCUGCCAUUUUGAGCCAAAAACCUACUUUUUCGGAGUCCUCCUAGACCAUUUAUCCAAUCUUCACCAAAUUUCACAUAGAUCAUCAUCAGAGCAUGCUGGCCAAAAACUUUUUGAUAUCUCAAACUGUUUCCAUAUAACGUAUCUUCAAAGCGCCACAUAGUGUUUUGUGCAAUAUCUUGCCAAGCCUACUGACUAUUGCACUGAAACUUGAUAUGUAAUAUCAUGACCAUGCUCUGAUGCUUGUUUAGCUCCUUAUUUUGCCUCUCUAGUGCUUGGCCCUGUAAUUGCUGCUUGCAGCUAUGUUAUAGGUUUCUUUUUCUUGUUGAGAAGUGAAAGCUGCUUUUCUACCACUAGCAGUGAAACAGUAAAACAGGUGGAACUGAUGAACAAGUACAGUAAGUACAUGUUUUUAUGAGUUCUGAAACAAACAUUGAUUGGGUUGACUGAAGUACCAUGAAGAAGAACUUUUAGAUUUGUUUUCACAUUAGCUUUCUCUACUGAUUGUCUGGAAUUUUGAUGAUCUGUGGACCGGCUCAUCUUAGGCUGCAUUCUCUGACCGUAGUUAGGGUGUGUUUUAUUACAAGGACUAUAACUGUGACCCAUAUGUCAUUUGAAAUAACUCUUUGCUUCCCUCUGUUUCUUCCUUGCCUGCAAUUACCCCUCUCACCCUUACCCAGCUACCAUUUAUUCUAACGCCUCUUCUUUUUCCUUUUGCAAAAGCAGGCUGUUUUCUAACUGUUCCACAUUCAGGAAUUAUAGCAUGCACAGCAGUUCAGUUUCCCCUUUCUGGGCUAUAUGUGUUUUGAAAAUUGGUAGUACCUGAGUUGCACCUGAAAGCUAAAUUUGACAGCAUGUCUGAAUGGUUGCUCUAAAAUGUGAGACAACACGCUUGUGUUAUCAGCUUGUUUGACAUUAUCAGAUCAGAGCAAUACCAGAACACUGUAGUUUAUGUAAUUUAGUGUGUUUUUGAGUUUACACCUGUUAGCUCUCCUAUUUUGCAUGUAAGGAUUUAUAAAAUAAGUAUAUGGUUAAAUACAUGUGGAAAAAAAAGCAGUGUCAUCCAUUGUUCACUAAGGCUUAUACUCAAUUCAUCUCUUUGUUAAUUGGAGACAAAUGUAUUUAGAAUUUGCAGAAAUGUACUUAAAGUUCUGUGAGCACGAUGAGAAAUGUGUAUACCUUUGAUCAAAUGAGCUAUUGAUGUGAAGUAUUUCACACAAUGUUUAGAAAAGAAUGAUUUUCAUUUGAGGAUUGUGCUUAAGCAAUUGAGGAAAAACUGUUAUACCACAUUACGCUUUUGUUAGUAUUAUUGGUGAGUAAGUUUAGACCACACACUAAGGCACCACUAUGUUUGGUUAAUAUGAUAUUUUUUUUCCUUUAAUUAUUGUGGUGAACAUAGCUUGGUGGUGGUUUACCUGGAGUCACAGGCAACUGAAACAGCAAGCCCCCAUAUUUACUUUUAAUUCACACAUGCUGGUACACUUUCUCUUCUCCAUGUGAAGAAUGCUUUCCCAGAAUGUCCAGGGUGGAGCUAGUAUUUAGGGACACUCUUUCACUGUAUUAAUGUCUAAAUAUCUCAAUGUAGUCAAGUGGUCACUGUGCAUUUGUGUUAUUUGUUUGUUUAUCACUUAUUUUUCUGUCCCCUUUUUCUUUUUUGGGUGAUGAGUGCCAAUUGCUGUAGGCACAAUGAACUAGAAAGUGAAAUUGCAUUUGAACUGACGUGUCGGGAAGAGCUGCUCACACUCUUGUUAUCACUGCUACCACUUGUGUGGAAGAUUCCAAUUCGGGAAGAAAAGCUCCCUGAUUUCAACCUGCCUUCACUCCUGGAAGUGCAUCCUUGUCGAGAGGAAAAGGCUGCCACUCUGAAUGUGGGAAAGCAGAAAACUUGUUGUGAUGCACAGAACUCUGGAAAGCACUUCUCUCACAAUUGGAAGUCACGGCAUAUACGAAAGACUGCUCAGAGAUAUUCAGUGAGCAAUGUGUACAAAUCCCAGGUCUCCACGUCUGAUUCUGAAUCUAAUUCUGAUGAAAAAGCAGCAAAUACAUGGUCUAAACAUAGAAGGUCUCCUGGUUCAUCCAGUCGUGCUAGUCACCAGCAUCACCAGUUAGUUAUUCUUCUGCAGCAGCCAUUGCAGUAUCCUUGUGUGGAUGGCAUGAGCAGUUUUGAAAGAUCCAAGCCUUACAUAAGGCACUUUGAAUCACUGCCACCCAACACGGAAAUGCUAACUGACUCUACAGCCUUUUCUAUUUUGAAUGGUAUUGCAAAUUCUCCAUUUGACCUCUGUCAAGUUUUAUUGUCCUUACUGGAGAAAAUAUGCAAAUUUGACAUGACUGUCAAUCACAACCCAGGCUUAACUGUUAGUGUUGUUCCCAAACUCACUGAAAUUCUCACAGAGUUCUGUGACUGUUGUGGACCGGGAGGGGGAAGUGGUCGGGAAGGGGUUGAUGAACUAGCUGCAGGCUGGGCUGGGGAGCCAGUUGCCCUUGUUCAAAGAAUGUUAUUGCGCACUAUCCUGCAUUUAAUGUCCGUAGAUAUGGGUCAGAGUGAGGUAGUACCCAAUAAUCUGCGGCAAAGCCUAAAUGAUCUGCUGAGAGCCAUCCUAAAGAUACGCACCUGCCUUGAUAGGCAAGCCUUCAAGGCAGGUGUGAAUCCAUUUGCUUCUCAAACCAAAAAGACUCUACAGGAGGUGCAAGAAGACUUUGCGUUUUCUAGAUACCGUCACCAAGCUCUGCUGCUGCCAGAACUCCUUGAGGGUGUCCUUCAGUUUUUGCUUGGCUGCUUAGAAGCCUCUGCCCCAAAUCCUUUCUUUUUCAGCCAGGCUCUUGAACUAAUUCAUGAGUUUGUGCAGCACCAUGGCCUUGAGCUGUUUGAGGAAACUUGCCUUCAUCUUGAAGCCCUUGGUAAUACUUGUGAUUCUGAGAUGAGUGGUGAAGUCUUAGAACGACUGCACGGCAUUAUUUCUGGUGUCCUUAAGAUAAUCAGUGUAGUGAAGAGGGCCAAAUCAGAACAAAUACACCAGUCAUCAUGUGCACGACGCCGUCACAGACGUUGUGAAUAUUCCCAAUUGCUGCACCAUCACCAUGACAUAUCAGGACUGCCUAUCACUGCCUUCAAGCAGGCAACUCAGCACAACCUUGAGGAGAAACCUGAGGGUAAUGAUUGGCAAGUGUGUUACCCUGAAAGUUGUUGCAUUCUGGCCGUCUGUGCUCACCAGUGUCUGCGACUGCUCCAAUGUCUCUCACCCUCUGGGCCUGCUGUGCUGCAGGUGCUGUCUGGCAUACAAGCUGUUGGUAUUUGUUGCUGUAUGGAACCACAUUCAGUGGUGGCUCCUCUGCUUCAAGUAUUUCAAGCCCCAAGUCUGUGCAGCUAUCAGCCCUAUAUUCUCAAUGUACUUAGUGGACUUGUGUUGGAACAGCUGGGAGGGGAACAACCCUCAGCGAAGGCCAGACUUAACUCUUGCGAUAUCUGUCUCUUGCACAGCAGCCAGAAACUUGAUAUUGAAAAGGCUUUGCAAGACUGUGGGCUUGGAAGAGAGAUAGCCUCCUCUACUUCUCCCUGUUUUUCCUUCCAAUCAGAAGUUGUUCUACCAAGUAGAGGGUCUGAAGACAUGCUUUGGAAAUGGGAUGCUUUAAAAGCAUACCAGGGAAUAGUCUUUGGUAAAGAUUGGCAGUUGAGUAAGCAGAUUGCCAGUCAUGUAUGCCAACUGACUUUAAGGGGAAAUGCAGUGAUACAGUCAAAACUGUACACUUACAUUUUUUAUCCUAUGCUUCAGAAAGGUGUGGAGCUAGCCCACCAUGCUCAAAAAUUAGGUGUGUCCAAGACAUGCAGUCAGGUCUGUAGCUAUCACACCCACUGCCUCCCUGUGGAAGUUCUGCUUGUUUAUCUUCAGGUGCUGCCCUGCUUACUCAAGUCAAGCGCAGUGGUGCGGGACAUGUUCCUAAGCAGUACUGGGCUGAACCAGGUGACAGAGUUGAUCUAUCUGGACUCCACUAGGCCUUGGGCACUUAAGGUGUUUGAGACUUUGAUUUUAAGUGGCUCUGACCAUCAGACCGAUGCUGCCCUUCAUGGGCUGGGUAAAACAGGAUACCAAGAGUCUCAAGGGACAGGCGAUGGUCCACAGAGUUUCAAUAAAUUCUAUGAGGAUCUAAAAGAGUCAUGUCUAAAUUGGAGGGGCAAAAGCAGUAUGAGUGCAGGAAUCAGAUGGAACCAUGGAGGAGCAUAUUUGAACAUUAUUAAUCUUUUUUUGUGUGUGGCCUUCAUAUGUGUAAGCAAGGAGGCUGACUGUGAUAGGAAGUCUGCUAAUGAGUUUGAGGACACCUCAGGCUAUGACAGUACAGCCAGUGAACCCCUCGGUGGGCAGUUACCCUUCCUCUUACCAGAUAGCAUGGCACUGCCAUCAAAGGAGCAAGUAAGGCGAGCAGCAGAUGUGUGGUCCGUAUGCCACUGGAUGUAUCUGGAGAGCCCAGUGUUCCAGAGACAGCUCUUCAGGUUAGGCGGCCUGAAUGUUUGCUGUCGCCUCAUGACUAUGGUCCUUCAGAAUCUUACCUCAAAAACCAAAGAAGUCAAAUCUAAGAAAAAGAGAGAUGGCAAGGGCAAAGCAAGCCCACCACACUCAGACUGUUCAGCCCUAAAACCAGUACAGACUGCUCUGGAGGCCAUAGUCGUUGGGACACAUGAAACACAACAUCUAGAUUAUAAUAAUUCAGCGAGUCCUGGUCAUAUGGAGGUAAAGACCAAGGUUCCAGCACAUGAGCUAGAAGAAGAGUGGCCUUUACAGAGUAUACGCCUUCUGGAAGCACUUCUAUCCAUCUGUCUACACAGCUCCAAGUCUGUGCUCCAGAAACCUGAAUAUAACAUCUCAUUCCAGUCUGUAGAGGACACCCUGUGUGAGGUGAAGGAUCAGCUGUCUCUCUCUGGUGUGGUGAACUCUGACCUGGCUGUUCCCUUGUUUGACUGCUUGUUGCGUGUUGCUCUGGCUCAAGUGUCUGCCCCAGCCACUGCUAUUGAGGAGAAACCCGAAAGGUGUCAAGCCAGCUGUGAGGUCCAGGCUCCAGCUGGUGAUCUGUCUGAUGAAGUGGAUGAAGUUCAGGUAUGUGAUGUUCAAGCGCUGGAAGAGGAGAAAGGCUAUGAGGCUGAUAGUGAAAGCAACCCAGAGGAUUCUGCACAGCUGGAGGAAGGUGUGAAGAUGGAAGUGUUGGCUCCAGUAGAGGAAUGUGUGCUUGGAUCUGCUGCUAUGGCACAUGGCUGUGGACAAGCCUUGCUUUUCCCACAAAUAUGCCUUAUGGAGCUGCAGCUGCUGGCCAACAGUUCUCCAGACUUAGAUGUGCUAGGUCACGUACUGCAAAGCCUUCUGGGAGCUGUGAAAAUGCACCGUUCCAAUGCUGCAAUGAUUUACCAACAGGGUGGUGUAAAAACCAUUCUGACUGGCUUUGCAAACAUUCUCAGUCAGUCAAAUCCCUGCUAUAAAGAGUGCCAGACUCUACUGGUGGAGCUGCUGAUUUCAAUGGUGAAAGACAGGAUAACAGCAGAGGAAGUGGCUCUGUUGCUCCAUCUCUUCCUGGAGAAGACUCCACCUACUGAGGUUCUGCUGAAUGGCAUUCUCCAGAUGGUGGAGGCUAACACAGAAAUGGAGCCGCUACAUUACUUGUCUUUUCCCAUGUCCCUGUGCACCAGUGCCCCCAACACCAGCACCAAUGGAGCGGUUGGUAUCAGGGCGACAGUGGGUACUCUCUGGAGGGGCAAGCUUGGCACAGGCAAGAGUGAAGGGGAAACUCAUGCCACGCAUUUUCAGGCUUCCCCUUGGCACAUUGCUCCUCUCCACCUGCCUCUGGUCGGACAGAACUGCUGGCCACACAUGGCGAGCGGCUUUAGUGCCUCGCUCUGGAUCCGAACUGUGAAGAGCAACGAUGAGGAGAGGCCUACACAAGGAGCUGAGAUUAUGUGGGGUGAUGGAGUCCAUCUUGUGGACAGGCAAGGAGAAAAGAACCUCCUUCAUGUUUUUUCCAUUGGCUCCAAAGCCCUAAUGCUGCAAGUGUGGGCUGACAUUUCUACAGGAGCCUGCACCUUCAGGGUCUGCAUCGAUUCUAAUGAUGAACUGAAGGCUGCUCUCCUGGCCCAGGCCGAGUCUUUGCAUGGUGUUCUGAGUGCAGGCCGAUGGCAGCACCUUGCUCUCACUUAUACACAGCAGCCUGAGGGCAAGAAGAACAUCCAUGGUUGCUUGGCAGUCUGGGUGUGUGGCAUCAAAAAAUGUGAGGUCUCCCUAGACUACACCCACCCCAGGAAGUCCAGUCUGUCAUCUGAUAAUAACAAGACUUUCUGCAUGCUGGGCCAUUACGUGAACACCUCAGAAGAGCUACCACAAACUUUGACUUCCCAUUUGGAUAUGGGCAGUGUGCUUCUGUUUAAUGGCUCCAGAAUAAACACUGCCGAAGCCUUUUAUCUGUACACAAAUGGCCCUGACCUUACCUCCAUCAUGCCAUGCAAGUAUGGAAAGCCAAGUGGGACAUUCUCCAAGUACAUUACUCAGGAAGGGCUUCAGUGUGAGCAGAUUCGGGAGCUGCUGAUGAGGAACUCUGAAAUAGAUGCUUCAUUUAUUAUUGAGAGCCUAGCUGUUGUCUACUCUCCCAGCAGUCCUUCCAUCUACACCAUCUAUGAGCCAGUGAUCCGCCUAAAAGGUCAGGUCAAGACUCCUGUAGCAUUCCAGAGGCCCUUCAGUGCUAAAGAAUUGCAGAGCUCUGUGCUGGAGCCUCUGUCACUCGGGCGUUUGCAGGCUUUGCAGCCCCUUGGACUCCACAGCUGCCUGCAUAAGAUCGGUGGCACUGGUGCAUUCAUCUUUCUCUUUGCUCGGGCAGUGGAGCUAAGUGAUUGUGAGAAGACUCAGGCAUUGGCACUGCAGGUUUUGCUGUCACUGAUUAAGCACAAUCAGCAUCGCAUGCAUGAGAUGGAGUGUUGCCAUGGGUACUCCAUGAUCCACCAAGUCCUCAUGAAGACCAAAUGCAUUGUGGGAUAUCAUAUUCUUAAGACUCUGUUGGAUGGCUGCUGCAGUGGCUCUAUCCUGAAAGUAAAGGAGGACGGUCAUUGGCAUUUGGACACAGAGUCCACUACUGUGGUGCAAGACCUGAGACUGCUCUCUGAAAUACUAUUGGACUGGAAGAUAUGGGCCAAAGCUCAGAGUGGAGUGUGGGAGACUCUUUUGGCUGCUCUGGAGAUUCUUAUCAGAGAGCACCAUCCUCAGCAGGCAUUCAAUAUUCAGCAGCUGCUCAAAGCCCAAGUGGUGCACCGCUUCCUGCUAACCUGCCAAGUGCUCCAGGAGAAUCAGGAUGAGGACCUUGCCUCUGUUCCACAUGAAGUGUGCCUGUCCUUCAUUAAAAUCAUUCAGGAGGUACUCGGUUCGCCCCCUGACCUGGACCUGCUGCGUUUGCUCUACAACUUCCUGCUGGCCGUGCACCCGCCUACUAACACCUAUGUGUGCCACACGCCAUCCAGCUUUUACUUCUUUCUACAUAUUGAUGGUAAGCUGUACCAGGAGAAGGUCCAGUCCAUGAUGUGUCUGCGUCAGUCCAGCAGUGAAGGGAAGUCCACCUGCAGCUCUGUGCUCUCACUCUCCCCAGCUCCAUUCACUGAGAUACAAGCUGAAGGGCACCUGCCUCCCUUUCCAGAUCCUGAAGGUGACAUUUUGAUUCACACCCCAAACAUCUUUACUCCUUCUCCUUACUCUUCUUUGGCCUUCUCAGCCUGCAUGGUGCAGCAUGCUUCUAGCAAAGCAUCCCCCAGGCCACGUGAACUAGAUGAGGCUGCCUCCCUGACUGCACAGCAUGUACUUGACAGCACAGAGAUGCUGAAAGGUGGAGAGGAGCAGCUUCUAAACAGCUGUGAAUCAGCCAAAACAAUCUGUGAUUCUCACGAUGUAGUUGAUGAGGUACUUCACACAUCCUCCAUCAACAUAGGAGAAGAACGGGAAGCUCAAACAGAGCAGGAGGGCAGUGGCAGCACUGACUUGGUUGGAGAAGAGACUCUGCGAAGGCCUGACAGUCUAAAAGGCAUCCAGUCUUUUCAAAGGAGCCACAGCGACCUUGCCAGCCUGGGUCUGGCUUUUCCAGCACAGAACAGUUCUAUGGCCGUUGCUCGCUGGCCCAGCAUAACUGAUCGCACUGCCCCAAAUGAUGACGUGGAGAGCUACACCUACUCUCCUGGCUGUGACCGAACAAACAGCAAGGCCAGUGACAGGUCUGGUACAGAAGACUGUGUGGUUCUCAUCUGCUGUGGGCUUUAUGAUCUUCUCAGAGGUGUCCUGCUACUGCUGCCAGAUCUCAUGCUGGAGGAGGUGAUGGACAAACUGAUCCAGCCUGAAGCUCUUGUUGUCUUGGUUAACCACCAUUCCCCUCUCAUACAACAAGGGGUCAUAAAGCUGCUGGAUGCAUAUUUUAGCCGAGCCCAAAAGGAACAGAAAGAGAAGUUCAUAAGGAACCAUGGCUUUUCUCUGCUGGCCAACCAGUUGUAUCUGCACCAGGGCACUCAGGGCGUGUUGGAGUGUUUUCUGGGGAUGUUGUUCAGCCAGACUGUAAGCUUAGAGGAGGACCUUGACCUAGAGGACAUGGAAAGUGUUUCUCCAUUCAGAAAGCGAUCUGUGGUGCCCAUACUGGGGCUUUUGGAAAACUCUUUGUAUGAAAACUCGCUGGUCCACAAUGCCUUGUGUGUACUACUGCAGCUGCUGAAUGCUUGCCCAAAACUGGCUGAUAUACUGCUAGACCAUGGCCUCCUCUAUGUACUCAUCAACACCCUGUCCACUCUCAAUGGCCUAGAGAAUGGAAUUUCUCAAAAUGACUACAGACUUCUAGUAUGUGACAUACAGCAGCUGCUGGUGGCAGUGACCAUCCACGCCUGCAGCUCAUCUGGCUCCCAGUAUUUUCGCAUCAUUGAGGAUCUCAUCACCUUGCUGGGUUUUAUGCAGGGCAGCAAAGUAUAUCGCACUCAGGAAAUGGCUAGGGCCUUGCAGUUCCGCGUCCUCCUAUCAGCCAUUGACUUCAUUAAGACAACGGCCAAUCAGGACCCUCGGAAGUUGAGUGCCUCUAUCCAUGCUUCUGCCUCCCUGCAGCACACUGUCCAUCAGAAGCGCAAAAGCAUUGCAGGUUCAGUGGGCCUGAAAGACUCCAUAAUUCCCUGUAUUCCCCGGCAGCACUACUGCUCCUAUGGCCAGAUACCCUCUGCAUUCAGCUUCCUGUCCCUGGAUACCCCUCUCCCUUCCCAAACUGAAUUCUCCUCCUAUUUUUUUCUCUCCGAAACAGGCCAGCAGAAAUGUUCCUUAGUACAAUCAGAUUCAUUGCUGAUGCGGAUGCGCUCUGUGGCCAAUGAUGAGCUUACCCAGAUGAUGCAACGGAGAAUGAGCCAGGAAAACCCCAUCAGAGCCAGUGAGACCGAGUUUAUUCAGAGGCUGCAGAGACUUGUAGUGCUGGCUGUCAACAGAAUAAUAUACUAUGACAUCAGUAAGGAUUUCCUUGACCUACUAAACUUUCCAGAGUCUCUUGAUCGCACAGUGAGCACACCCUUACAUGCUGAGCAAAUAUCAGAGGAGAAUAGCAUCACAAAUCCUGCUCCUUUCCCACUCGCUGACAUGAGAUGUUUCCAGAAAGAUCUUCUGAAGCUCAUGAUGGAGGGCCUAAAAAUCGGGCUGGGCAGUACUGGACACAGCGGAGCACCACGACAGCAAUGGGGUCGCAUUCUCUGGUCCUGCAGGGACACAUUCCGGAUUCAAAUUGGUCGGCUGCUGGUGCACACACUUAGUCCUGCACUUCCUCUAGAGGACAGGAAGAAAGCACUAGAGUUUGUCCAUGAGCAAAAUCAUCCUGACAUCCUCAGAGAAAGCCUCAGCCCUGGACUUGAGCAUGGACCCAAGCUGGCUCUCUACUUGUACGAGAUGCUUCAUGACCACAAAGAGAGCCUCACUAAGGAAGAACAGGCAGCUGCUAACACCUUCAUGACAUCACUGAAGCUGUGUGGCUAUCGCUGCAUCCCUCCAACUGCACCACCCAAAUCAGACCUACUCAAAGCCAUCAGAGAGGAGCAACUCAAAUAUGAGUCAGAGGCAAGAACAAGCAAAAGUGCAUGGGAGAAAAAACUGGCCAGUGCCCAAAAGAUUCUAAUGCAGAGACUGGAUGGUAAGUCAAAGGACAUCUCCAAGAUUGCAGCAGACAUCACUCAGAACAUGUCUCUUAGACAAGGCAUAGAAAGAAAGAAGGUCAUUCAGCACAUCCGAAGCCUUUACAAGACUGACCUGAGUGCCAGCCGCCACUGGCAAGAGCUGGUGCAGCAACUCACCCAUGAUCGGGCAGUGUGGUAUGACCAGUCAUCUUACCCAACAUCGUGGCAGCUGGAUCCCACUGAGGGCCCCAACAGGGAGCGCAGACGUCUGCAGCGAUGCUACCUCACCAUCCCUAAUAAAUACCUUCUCAAGGACCGUUGCAAACCAGAAGACCCUAUCAAGGCCCCACUUGCUUUCCUCUUUGAAGAGAAGACCCACUCAUCUUAUUCUUCCACUGUGAAGGAUAAAGCCACUAGUGAGCCCAUCAGGUUCACAAGGAAGUGUAUGAAUGUAGCGCCCUCAAGAGAAACUGCAGGAGAAUUGUUGCUGGGGAAAUCAGGGAUGUACUUUGUGGAGGAUAAUGCGUCCGAAGCCAGCAAUAGCCAGCAGAUUCCUCAGGGAGAGACAGAGCCUGCAUCCUUCUGCUGGACUUAUGAGGAGAUUAAGGAGGUGCACAAACGCUGGUGGCAGCUCAGAGACAAUGCUGUGGAGAUCUUCCUCACUAAUGGCCGAACUCUGCUUCUGGCGUUUGACAAUACAAAGGUUCGUGAUGAUGUCUACCACAACAUCCUUACUUCUGAGCUGCCCAACCUGCUAGAAUACGAUAAUAUAAAUGCCCUCACUCACCUGUGGGGCUCCAGCCAGAUCACCAAUUUUGAGUAUCUCACCCAUCUCAAUAAGCAUGCAGGGCGCUCUUUUAAUGACUUAAUGCAGUACCCUGUUUUCCCGUUCAUCCUGAGUGACUACACCAGUGAGAUGCUGGACCUGCAGGACCCAUCCAUUUACAGAAACCUGAGCAAACCUAUUGCAGUGCAGUCAAAAGAGAAAGAGGAUCGAUAUGUAGACAAUUACAGGUAUUUGGAAGAGGAAUAUAAGAAGGGUGCACGUGAGGAUGACCCCAUGCCCCCUGUACAACCGUACCACUAUGGUUCCCACUACUCCAACAGUGGUACCGUUCUGCACUUCCUAGUCCGGAUGCCUCCCUUCACCAAAAUGUUCCUGGCCUAUCAAGACCAGAGCUUUGAUAUUCCCGACCGGACCUUUCACUCCAUGAAGACCACAUGGAGACUAUCCUCUUAUGAGUCAAUGACUGAUGUUAAGGAGCUGAUCCCAGAGUUUUUUUAUCUGCCAGAAUUCCUGGUCAACAGAGAAGGUUUUGACUUUGGGGUUCGGCAGAAUAGCGAGAGAGUGAAUCAUGUGAAUCUGCCUCCAUGGGCCAGGAACGACCCACGGCUCUUCGUGCUGAUCCACAGACAGGCUCUCGAGUCUGAGCAGGUGUCUCAGAUGCUCUGCCAGUGGAUAGACCUGGUGUUUGGACUGAAGCAGAAGGGCAAGGCUGCUAUCCAGGCCAUCAAUGUGUUUCACCCUGCGACAUAUUUUGGCAUGGACGUUUCAGCAGUCGAGGAUCCUGUUCAGCGACGAGCCCUGGAAACCAUGAUCAAGACCUAUGGCCAGACGCCCAGACAGCUGUUCCAUACCUCACACAUCAGCCGCACUGGACCCAAACUCAUAAUUGACGGCGAGUUGCCCGCUGCCAUGGGCCUGCUGGUACAGCUGGCAUUCAGGGAGAGCCGUGAUCAGAACAAAGAUAUUGUCCACCCGAGUCCUCUGCCCUGGAUUAAGGGCCUAAAAUGGGGUGAGUAUGUGGGCUCACCUAGUGCUCCUGACCCAGUGGUGUGUUUCAGCCAGACGCAUGGAGAGUGCUUCGGCUCCCUGCUGGCGCUGCCCACCCGGGCUGUCUGUGGCCUCUCCUGCAAGUUCUGCCUUAUGGUGAUCUACAGCAAGGAGCAAGGUGUAAGAAGUAUGCACAGCACAGAUAUCCAGUGGUCCGCCAUUCUCAGCUGGGGCUACAGUGACAAUAUAUUGCGUCUCAAGAGCAAGCAAAGUGAGCCACCCAUCAAUUACAUCCAGUGUUCUCCGCUCCACCAGGUGACAAGUUGUGCCUGGGUGUCUGAUGGUUGUCAGCUGUUUACAGGCAGUAAAUGUGGAGUGAUCACCGCCUACAGCAACCGCUUCGUGGCCUCUGAGAUGGAAGUUGAGUCUCAGGUUCACUUGUAUGGACACACAGAUGAGGUCACAGGUCUUUUUGUCUGCAAACCAUACAGCAUCCUGAUCAGUGUCAGCCGAGAUGGAACCUGCAUCAUCUGGGAUCUCAAUCGCCUGUGCUAUGUGCAGAGUCUCACUGGCCACAAAAGCCCUGUGAAUGCUGUGUCAGCAAGCGAGACCACAGGAGACAUUGCUACUGUCUGUGACUCAGUGGGUGGAGGAAGUGACUUGCGACUGUGGACAGUAAAUGGCGAUUUGAUUGGUCAUGUCCACUGCCGAGAGAACAUCUGCUCUGUUGCGUUCUCUAAUCAGCCAGAGGGGGUGUCAGUUAAUGUGAUUGCAGGAGGCCUACAUAAUGGAGUCGUGAGGCUGUGGAGCACAUGGGACCUGAAGCCAGUGAGAGAAAUAACCUUUCCCAAGUCCAACAAGCCUAUAGUAAGUCUUACUUUCUCAUGUGAUGGACACCACCUGUACACAACGAACAGCGAGGGCACGGUGAUUGCAUGGUGUCGACGGGAUCAGCAGCGCAUGAAGCUGCCCAUGUUCUACUCAUUCUUGAGCACCUAUGCUGCAGGCUGAAAGAAUGGGAACUACACUCUUUAACUGUUCUACAACCAUUAAUAACCUCUGGAAAGCCCACUACAUUAGAAUGAGAAGAGGCCUGCAUGCACCAGAUUUAAAGUACUAUGAGAAUCCCCCCUUUGGAGAGGGAAUGUGUGCUAAAAGUGAAUGCACUGUAAGAAGAGUGUUAUGUAUCUAUUGAUGAAGAUAGGAGAAUAUGUGUUUGUGGAAAAUAAUGAAGGCCUUGGACCACUGGUUCUUUCCUCAUGCUCUAUGAUUCUGUUUCUUUUUUGUCAUGUAUACAUCUUUUAUUUUAUUUUGUUUUUGGUUAUUGCAGUUUUAUUUGUAGUGUUUUUUUCCCUCCAUGUCUAUUUGGUGGUGUUUUAUUUUGUAAUUUGACACUCCACACAAUCCUGGCUCUUUCUGAAAACCCAACUAAAAACCAUUUACCUUUGAAGCUAAAAUAAAAUUCUUUUUCCUAAAGUUUCCUUUGUCCUCACACCAGCCGUACCAGCAGCCUUAGACUGUGACUCUGUCCAGGUUACUGGGUGAAUCUUAAAUUAGCAUACAGAAUUAACUAUUUUGCUGUGGUGCAGCAGAAAAAUUAAAAGCAGAAUUUGGGUGCAUGUGAUGGAAAAAUAGAGGGCCACCUUCAGGCACAGAAAAGAAUACCAGAGAUGGUAAGAGAGAAAUAUACUUCCUCUCUUGAAAAGUGGAAUUUGUGUGGUUUUCUGUCAUUAGGAGUCUUAUUGUGACAUAGCUAGAUGUAGUAGUGAAAUACCAGUGGAGGAAAUAAGCAGUCUGUCCAAUUCAUUAAUUGCAGCAAGAGACCAUUUUGGAUCGUAUUGUAGCCAGACUGUUAAAGCUGGUGUGUCUUGAUGGUGUGAAAAUAACAUAGCAAUUAACCUAAAAUGAUAGAAAUGACCUUUCUCUUGACUCUUGAAAGCAUUUUGGAGCCAUUUCUUAGUAAAAUGAGCACAUUUGUUUGCUCUCAGAAAGGGAAAGUUGGCUGUCCAGUCCUCUUAAGAACCACUACAGUUUUUGUUCCCUCAUUAUUGCUACCCUUGGACUGCAUUUCUAUGCCAUUUCCUUACAUUUUAUCUUAGAAUAAAGAGGAUAAUUAAUGUUG